AUGAAUCAUGAACAUGCGUUUGAAGCACUUGACCGAACAAUGAAAGAUAUCUUCAAAUGUGAGAUGACAUUUGGUGGAAAAGUUAUCGUUAAUGCUUCAAUCACGUCGUCGUAUAUUUGGAGUACUUGCAAGGUCCUUACGUUAACCAAAAACAUGAGGUUAACUGUAGGAGCCAACACAUCUGAUAUAGACGAGAUUAAAGCUUUUGCGGAUUGGUUGCUUGACUUGGGAGAGGGAAAGAUUGGCGACAGUGAUGAUUAUGAGGUGGUUAUAGAUAUUCCUGAAGAUUUGUUAAUCAAGUGCUCUGAGGAUCCUAUGUCAGAUCUGAUCGACUUUGUAUAUCCUUCGCUUCUUCAACUGUACAAAGAUAAAGAUUAUUUUGCUGAAAGAGCUAUAUUGGCACCAACGAACGAGGUUGUUCAAGAAAUUAAUGAAAAGUUGCUUGAUUCAUUUCCUGGCGAUGAAGUGGAGUAUGUGAGUUCUGAUAGUAUUUGUCAAACUGAUCCAAGGAAAGAAUGA